GGAGGGAGUAUAAGGAUGUACUGUCUGCCCCGUUAGGACAACUGCAGAGGAUUAAGGGGGCUAUUUCUCCCUAGAGGUGGAGUGGGUGGGUCACUGCACAGGAGCCUUGGUCUUUUAAACUCUUAUUGGUGUAACCAGCCACUGAACUCUGAGGCAACGGGUUGGGGGUGGGAAGGGAAACAUAGAAAAGGCAAGUGAAAGAGAAGGGGAGGUGCAGUUUCAGAACCCAGCCAGCCUUUCUUUUGCUGCCUAGCCUCACGCCGGCCUCAUCUUCGCCCAACCGACCCCACCUGGAGCCCUAUGGCCAACUGCGAGUUCAGUCCGGUGUCCGGGGACAAACCCUGCUGCCGGCUCUCUAGGAGAGCCCAACUCUGUAUUGGCGUCUGUCUCCUGGUCCUCCUGAUCCUCGGCGUGGUGGUCGCGGUGGUCGUCCUGAGGUGGCGCCAGCAGUGGAGCGGGUCGGGCACAACCAGCCGCUUUCCUGAGACCGUCCUGGCACGAUGCGUCAAGUACACUGAAAUCCAUCCUGAGAUGAGACAUGUAGACUGUCAAAGUGUAUGGGAUGCAUUCAAGGGUGCAUUUAUUUCCAAAUAUCCUUGCAACAUUACAGAAGAAGACUAUCAGCCACUACUGAAGUUGGGAACUCAGACCGUACCUUGCAACAAGACUCUUCUUUGGAGCAGAAUAAAAGAUCUGGCCCAUCAGUUCACACAGGUCCAGCAGGACAUGUUCACCCUGGAGGACACGCUGCUAGGCUACCUUGCUGAUGACCUCACAUGGUGUGGAGAAUUCAACACUUCCGAAAUAAACUAUCAAUCUUGCCCAGACUGGAGAAAGGACUGCAGCAACAACCCUGUUUCGGUAUUCUGGAAAACGGUUUCCCGCAGGUUUGCAGAAACUGCCUGUGGUGUGGUCCAUGUGAUGCUCAAUGGAUCCCGCAGUAAAAUCUUUGAUAAAAACAGCACUUUUGGGAGUGUGGAAGUCCAUAAUUUGCAACCAGAGAAGGUUGAGACACUAGAGGCCUGGGUGAUACAUGAUGGAAGAGAAGAUUCCAGAGACUUAUGCCAGGAUCCCACCAUAAAAGAGCUGGAAUCGAUCAUAAGCAAAAGGAAUAUUAGAUUUUUCUGCAAGAAUAUCUACAGACCUGACAAGUUUCUUCAGUGUGCGAGAAAUCCUGAGGAUUCUUCUUGCCUAUCUGAGAUCUGAGCCAGUUGCCAUGGUCGUUUUAGCUCCUUGACUCCUUGUGGUUUAUGUCAACAUACAUGACUCGGCCUACUUGCUGGUGCAGAGCUGAAGAUUUUGGAGGGUCCUCCACGAUAAGGUCAACACCAGAGAUGGAAGCCUUUUUCCCCAAAGUCUUAAAAUAACUUGUAUCAUCAGCAUAGCUUUUAUUGUGAUCUCUCAAUUGUCAAGACAAAUUAUUGCAUAAGAUUAGAAUGAAAAUUGUAUAUUAAGUUACUUCAUUUAAUUCUCAUGUGAUCCUUUUAUGUUGUUUAUAUGUUGGUAACAUCCUUUCUACUGAAAAAUGACCACACCAAACCUCUCUUACUAGAACAGUCAAGUGAAGAAAAACGAAUGCUCAAGUUUUUCAGAAAGCAUUACAUUUCCAAAUGAAUGACCUUGUUGCAUGAUAUAUUUUUGUACCCUUCCUACAGAUACUCAAACCAUAAACUUCAUGGCCAUGGGUGAUGUUGGUGAAAAUUACUCUGUAGGAUAUAAGCUACCCACAUACUUGGUACUUUACCUCUAAACCUUCCGACAGUGCUGUGAGGUUGGUAUUUCAUUUUUUAGAUGAGAAAAUAGGAACUCAGAGAGGUUAUAUAUUUAAGUUGGUGCAAAAGUAAUUGCAAGUUUUGCCAUUGGAAGGAAUGGCAAAACCACGAUUACUUUUGCACCAACCUAAUAAUUUGCCGUAAGUCCUACAUUUAGUAUCAAGCUAGAGACUGAAUCUGAACUCAACUCUGUCCAACUCCAAAAUUCAUGUGCUUUUUCCUUCUAGGUCUUUCGUACCAAACUAAUAGUAGUUUCUAUCUCUUCCAACAAAUGCAUGUUUGAUUAAAUUGACUAGAAUGGAAUCUGGAAUGUAGUUCUUCUGGAUGGCUCCAAAACACGUUUUUCUUCCCCUGUCUUCCUCCUCCUCUUCAUGCUCAGCGUUUUAUGUAUGCACUUAAAAUAUACUUGUUCCUGAUAUUGCUAGCUUA